AUGCCUCCGGGGGCAGGGCCUCAGCUUGGGAGGGCCGCCUCCACGUGACAUGCCAGUCCCUACUCCCAGGUGGCUUUUUGGCCCAGGUGGGCCAGCCUGGGGGUGAGGGCAGGAGAAAAGCCCCAGCUACCCCUCCUCGGUCAGUGGGACCCAAGGCUUUUGGAGGCAGGAGUGGGUGUCCCCCAACCUUCAGAUGUCCUAGAGUGUCCAGGAGUGGGGGCUGGUCACCUUGAGGAGAGGCCAGGGGCUUGAGAAGGGGUGGCCUGGGCAGGACUGAGUCCUCAGGCUGGUAUUGGUGGGGGGGGGGGGUGCGUGCCUGCCCCCAGCUGCCCUCUGGCUGUUUCUUCUAUUUGUUCUUCUUUUGACCCCCGCCUAUGUCCCGUCAUCCCACCUUUGAACAAAAGUUCUGUUCCUCUUCCCUCCGUCCCCACCCCGUCCCCCAAGAACAUAAGCUAUCAUUGUUGUAUUUGCAAUCUAUGGACUAGAGGUUUAACUAUUUAUUACUAUUGGUUAAUUAUUAUUAUUAUUAUUGAUUAUGUAAAUUUGCCUCCUGUCUGUCUAUCGCGUUGUGUUUCUGAGGUGACCCCGGGCGUGGAAGAUGCACUGGUCCCCCCUCCGCGCCCUACCCCUAAGCUGUCCAGGAGACAGUGCUCAGGGCCACUGGUUGGGCCCCACCACCCUGGGGGCAGGUCCCACGGCCCGUUCUCCCCUCCCUCCGUCCUUGUCCAGGGCUGCAGAGCCCUGUGGCUUCUGUCCUGGGGCGCGUGGAGGGUGUUGCUCUUGAGACACUGGUCGAAGUGAGCAGCUGUGAUGAGAGAAGGUCCUGUCUCGGCCGCCCCUGCCCCCCGUGCUGGCGGCACUGGGCAGCGGGCAAGAGCCCCUCCCUGGUCACUUCCACCCACUGUCCCAGGCGGGGAGCGGGCAGGGCCCCAGCCCUCUCCAAGUCUCUCUUGGCCCUCCCACCCCUCCUGCCGGCCCAGCGCCCUGGCAUCAGGGGUCCCCCAGAAUGGACCCGGCCCCCUCCUAUUAUUUGCUGGAAAGUCCAGCGGAGGAGAGGUGGCAGGUCCCCCCGCAUGGCUCCCGGUCCCUCUGGACUGGGCCGCCCCACCUCAGAGCCCCUUCCCCAGCGCGGACACUCUCUGAUUCCUGUCCUGUCCCCUUCUUUUGUAUUUGGAAACGACGUGUUGUAAUAAAUCCUGAGAUGGAUGUUUUC